AUGGUCGCAGACGCCAUGUUUGCCGGUGAGCUCAAGCACCUCAGCGGCUACGGGAGCGCAGUGCACACUCACGGCGCCGUCGCAGCCGACAGGCCGAGCGCCUCCCGCGACGGAGUAUUGCUCUCGCUGCUCUCGUGGAACCUGCUUGCUCCGCCCUACAAGCGGCCACGAGAGUCCGAACAGGCGUCUCGCAGCCGUGCGCUCGCGCAGAUAGCGUUGGUCCGUGAGUCGGCGGCCGACGUCAUCGGGCUGCAAGAGUUUUGGCUCGAGCAAGAGCACAUGGAGGCGUGGAGCAACUUUGCGGCGAGCGAGGGCUACUGCAUGCUCGUCUCGCCGCGCACCGGUGGCAAGCCAGACGGGUGCUGCAUGCUGGUGCGGCGCCGACGGCUCGCCGGGCUGCCGUCGAUGGAGACCUACUCGUUCGAUGACUGGGGCAACCGCAUCUUGCAGUGCGUGACGCUGCAGCUGGCCGGGUGCAGCGACCGGCUGAUGCUGGCUCACACGCACCUCACUUUUCCGCACGCCAAUGGGCACGACCCGCAGAUGCGCCGACACCAGGCUCGCAAGCUGGCGACGUGGGUGCGCGAGCAACGCUCCAGCACCCCCCACCUGGCACUCUUCGGCGACCUGAACGGGGACGUGCACGACCCCGCCGUCUCGCAGCUCCUCCAGUCGGCCGAGCUCGCUCCAAUGUCCGGGGAGACGGACUGGGUGAGCCAUCUGAGCCACUUGGGCACGCCGAUGGCCUGCGACCUCGUCGCCACUGCCGAGCCGGCCGCCGGCGGCGUCCGAGUCGGCGAGUGGAGCUUUGGCGGCAGCGCGGAGGAGCUGCUGGCCGGCACGUGGCUCAGCGAUCACCGGCCACUCUACGCGUCGCUCGUGCUCGACUCGCGGCAGCCCAGCGACAGCGAGCCCGCGUGA